AUGAAAAUGACCCUGGGGAAUGAAAUGUCCAUUGCCUCUGCCAGUCAAAUGUUGCGGUCUUUAAGUUCCGAAAAAGCAGUUGAUCCAGAAGUGGAGAAACAUGGAACAGUCUCCUCUAAAGAAGACAAUCUCUCAACAUCCAACAGUACCUUCAUUGAUCUUGAUGCUUUGGCAGGCUUUACUAAAAAGGUUAUUCUUAAACCUACAAAUGUCAGCACAUCUAAAGGAGUUAAUACUGUGGCAAAAGUGUGCCCCUCUCUCAAUGAUAUUGCAUUGUCAUGCCAUCAAAAAAACAAUUAUGAGGACACUCUUCCGUAUCAUAAAGCUAAACAGUCUUCCUCUGAUGGCACAGUUGUACAAAGUCAGGUGGAUACUAUGGGUGAGGUCACUGGUGCUCCCAGUAGUUUGGAAGUUUUCAAGACUGAAGAAACUCAAUCAGUCAUCUUACAGGAAGCUGAAGUCUCUUCACUAGAGAUAUCUUCAAAUGAGGUUGAGACUCUGGCAGGUGCUAGUGGUGCUCUCUCUGGAUCUUCAUCCCCUGCAAGCAGCCUGGACGUUUUCAAGACUGAAGAAUAUCUUUCAGUUAUCUUACAGGAAGCUGAAGUCUCUACACUAGAGAUGUCUGCAGAAGAGGUUGAAAUGCUGGCAGGUGCUAGUCCUGCGCUCUCUGGUGAUUCCUCUUCCUCCAGUAGAUUAAACGUUUUCAAGACUGAAGAAACUCAAUCAGUCAUCUUACAGGAAGCUGAAGUCUCUACACUAGAGAUGUCUGCAGAAGAGGUUGAAAUGCUGGCAGGUGCUAGUCCUGCGCUCUCUGGUGAUUCCUCUUCCUCCAGUAGAUUAAACGUUUUCAAGACUGAAGAAACUCAAUCAGUCAUCUUACAGGAAGCUGAAGUCUCUUCACUAGAGAUAUCUUCAAAUGAGGUUGAGACUCUGGCAGGUGCUAGUGGUGCUCUCUCUGGAUCUUCAUCCCCUGCAAGCAGCCUGGACGUUUUCAAGACUGAAGAAUAUCUUUCAGUUAUCUUACAGGAAGCUGAAGAAUAUCUUUCAGUUAUCUUACAGGAAGCUGAAGUCUCUACACUAGAGAUGUCUGCAGAAGAGGUUGAAAUGCUGGCAGGUGCUAGUCCUGCGCUCUCUGGUGAUUCCUCUUCCUCCAGUAGAUUAAACGUUUUCAAGACUGAAGAAACUCAAUCAGUCAUCUUACAGGAAGCUGAAGUCUCUACACUAGAGAUGUCUGCAGAAGAGAUUGAGAUGCUGGCAGGUGCUAGCCCUGCGCUCUCUGGUGCUUCUUCUUCCUCCAGUAGUUUAGAAGUUUUCAAGACUAAACAAUCUCGAUCAGUCAUCUUACAGGAAGCUACACCAGAGAUCUCUUCAGAUGAGGUUAAGGUGCUGGCAGGUGCCAUUAGUGCUCUCUCUGUUACUUCAUCCUCUCCCAGCAAUUCUCAGCAUUCUCAAUCACAGGAGAUUCAAUUGAAUAUGCCCAGUUUUACUUUUGAUUCAACCGGCUCAGAUACCAACCGAGUGUAUACUACCACCAAAACCCAAUCUUUGCCCUGCCUUUAUCCAGCAAUUGCAAACGAAGUAAGUCAAUAUUUUACUACAACAUCAUUUAAGGACAGGAUCACUGAAGCGGUGAAGAAUGAACUUAAACGUACUUUUUCUGUAAAAGAGUUGUCAUCAACACCACAACCAAAGCUGGGGCCUGAGGAUAGGAGAGCUAUAAGGACCAUGCUUAAAACAGUAUCACAAGAACUUAAUGAUUUAAUGUCAAGAGAAAACAUUCUCUCCCUUUUGUCAGUUGAGAUAGCUGCUUGCGGCUCACCCGAGCAUGAUGUUCUUCUUGAUCAACUCAAUGCUGCUGCAUCACAACAAAUAGAGGCAGUGUUUAAUACAGUUAAGGAAAACCUUGCUGCUAAAAUAAAUCAAGAAUCUUCUAAGAGGGGGGUGUCUCCAUUGGCCAGUCAGACAGCAAUGAAAGCUGUAUGCAAAUCAUUAGAGGAUAUAAAAAUGACUUUGAUUGGGGAUGAAAUGUGUGUCACCUCUACCAGUGGAAUACAGCUGUCAGCUGUCAGUUCUGAGGAUACAAAUGUUGUUCCUGAAAUGUCAAGUGCAAACAACAGGUUUCCUGAAGCAACUCCAUCAACAGUUUCUCUCAGUUCUCAGAAUUCUACCUCCCAUGCAGCGACUGUUAGUAGGACACCACAUGCUGCCACUAAGAGUCUGUCACUUCCCAAUUUUUAUCCCAUUAUUGCUAAUGAAGUUCUUCAACAUAUCUCUACACCACCAUUUAAGGAGCAUGUUCGUCAAGUAUUGAAAAAACAAUAUAAAAUGUCACGAUCUAUGAAUGACAUAACAUCAGCACUACAACAGAAACAGGGGCCAGAGGAGAGGCAUUUUACAAGGGACAUGCUAAGAAGCGUAUCUACAGAGCUAAAUGCUUCAAUGUCCACACAAAAUGUCUCCAUGUCACCUGAGACUCCAAGGCCCUUCUCAGCACCCGAAGAUAACACGCACCAACGGCUUAAUGCAGUUGCAUUAGAACUUAUCAAUAGAGUUUAUGGCCAAGUCAAAGAAAAGCUGAUUGCUACAAUCAAUCAAGAAUCUCCGAAGAGGGGGUUGUCUCCUGUGGCUAGUCAGACAGCAGUUGAUGCUAUAUGCAGAACAUUAAAUGUUAUUGAAAUGACUCUUAUGGAUUGGGCGAGAAGCCCAUCCACUUCACCUUCACAACUUCAAAAGAGCAAGGACCUUGAAAGAGGGUCAGCUUCUGAGGAAACCUUGGAGGUAGAAAAUGCAUUGUCCCGUAUUGAUGUUGUCACUGAUGACCUGAUUGAGGAUGUGAUUAGCAUGUUCUUGGACACAGACUCUGCACUAUCUAGUAGGACUGGUACACCUACUCAAAGGGCUGGAAGAGGCACGUGGUUAAAUGAAGUAAUCAAGCAGUCCGUAAGCAUGUCACCAACAGGAAGCAAGGCAUACAUCACAAAGAGUCCAGAUGAUACCAAUGUCUCACUCACUCUCUCCUGCUGCCCAGAAUUACAGAUGAAAUUUUGGAACAUUUUUCCUCUGCAUGCUUUAAAGAGUGCAUUAUUCAGUCUGUGA